AUGCCUCACUUGGUGAUAAGAAAAACGAAUGAAAUAAAAACCAUUCACAAAAAACAAGCUAUUCAGUGCUCUACUAUAUACGCGACCAAGUCUUUGUUGCCUUCGUCCACCUCUUCUUCUACCUCCGAGAUCUCAACAAUUUCGCCGUCUCCGUCACUCACAACCCUGUCCUCGUCUUCUUCAAUAUUCUCGUCGUCAACUGAAUCUAUACACGACGAAAGAGUAAUGAUUCCCACAUUUUUUGGAUCCAAUAACGUUGGUAAAUACAAAUAUGAUUCAACAAUAUUCAAGUGUUUGCCACCAUUACCCUAUGGUUACGACAGAUCUAUUACAAAGCGUAACAUAAAAAUAAUAAAAAAGAAAAUUAGUUUUUCGGAAGUCCUCGAGUUCGUGGAAACCUAUCAUCGAGAAGAUUAUGAUAGGACAGGGCUCUUAUAUGGUAAUCGAGCAAAUAAUCAAAUCGAUAUUUGGUUCGGGGGUAAAACCCUGGCCAACACGAUUUAUAAUUCGGGCCGCAUUAUUAACACUGAAAGGGUCGACGAAGGCGACCUUUUAAAAAUAAAAAUUAUGAAAAAGCGGAACGAGAUCCUUACAAACGCUUACGAUACAACUGAUGAUAAUUCUCAACCUAUACCUCCAUAUGAAGAACGACCUUCUUAUUUCUCUUAUAAUGAUGAAUACCCGUCAACUAAUAUUCCGUUAGACGUUCACUCAACACCUACUAUUUUACCACCAAUAGAUCUAGAAAGGCAAAGUAGCCAUUCAACUGCGCCUAGUGCUCCCCCCGCAUCUGUGGUUGACUUAGAAGAACAUAGCCGAGAUUUACCAACAGUAGAAACACAAUAUGGAAAUUAUGAAAGAGAAGAAGAAAAUGACGAAGAAAUGGCUAGACGUUUAUUCCGUGAAGAACAAGAUCAAUUUAUUAUGAAUAGUAAUCGAAAAUCAUCUUUAUACGCGAGUCAAGGGUAUCAAGACCCUCAAAUUCCACGAGGAGAGGCGGAUAGUUAUUAUCAGAAUUUAAAUUAUCCUGAAAGUUCUACUUCAAGACGUGAUACCCUUUCUUCAAGACGUGAUACAUUACCGCCGACUAUACGUGAUCCAAAAUACCCUAAAGCAUUGCUUGACCCAAAAGUGCAAAAACAAUUAAAUAAAAAAACACUAUGGAUACCUGUCUUCACAUGGAUCGUUACCGUCAUACAAUUAUUCAUGUUGAUUUUUGAAUUCGUAAAAAGUAAAGAAUUUACGGGAGAAGUUAUACAGACAAAUCCCCUUAAUCCUAUGGUUGGACCUGGAGCGUUUACCUUUGUUCAAUUGGGUGCUCGCUUCGUCCCUUGCAUGAAAACUGUAUAUAAUGACAGCAUACAAAUCAGUUGUCCUACUUUAGAAAAUCCUAAUAAGCUAUGUAAUAUGACAGAUUAUUGUGGUCUUGGUGGUUUUAAAAGUGGUCAUCCGGAUCAAUGGUAUAGAUUCAUAACACCAAUAUUUCUUCACGGUGGAAUUAUUCAUUUUGCCUUCAAUAUGAUUUUCCAAUUACAGACUGGUAUGCAAGUAGAAAAAGAUAUUGGUUGGUGGAGAUUUGGUAUUAUUUAUAUGGCAAGUGGUAUAUUUGGAUUUAUUUUUGGGGGAAAUUUUGAUUCACCUUUAUCUCCUUCUAUGGGAGCAUCCGGUAGUUUAUUUGGAAUUGUUGGUGUUAUAUUAUUGGAACUUUUACAAAAUUGGAAGAUUGUUAGACAUCCUCGCUGGGAACUUUUUAAAUUAUCUUUUGUGAUUAUCCUUAGUUUUUUGUUGGGUCUUCUUCCAGGUUUAGAUAAUUUUUCACAUAUAGGUGGAUUUAUGAUGGGAAUAGUAACUGGAUGCGUUUUAAAUCCUACAAUUAAUUUUUCGAAAUUUCACAAACGUGCUAAUUGGGCACUUAAAAUAAUUGCACUUCCCAUAGUUAUACUUCUAUUUUUCUUACUCCUUCGUAAUUUCUAUACAACCAAUCCAAGUGAAAGCUGCAAAUGGUGCAAAUACCUUAGUUGUGUACCAAUUUCUAAUUGGUGUGACCAGGUUGAUUAUACAAGUUAUGAAGUUUCAAACUAUAUUGGUAUGGCUUUGACAGAUUCGCUUGACGAAUUGAUCCAAUCUAGUCAUAUUGAUCCGCAACUUGCAAUGAAAGUGCUUUUACAAUUUGAUAAGAGUAUUACAGAGGCUUUAGAAACAAAAGUUCGUACAAAGGCGACUUUUAAGCAAGGUCAUCUCCACACUUAUCGGUUUUGUGACGAAGUAUGGACUUUUAUUAUCAAAGAUCCAAAUUUCAAAUUGGAACACGAACAGAUUCACGUUGAUAAGAUUAAAAUUGUGGCAUGUAAUGCGAAAAAACCUGGUGACGCGGAACCUACUAAAAACUAA